AGAGUGGGGGGGGAAGUGUAAAGGAGGUGCUAUCUGGAAACUAAAAAGGCAGAUUUAAAUGUAACCAAUCAAGAAGCCAUAUGCAGACUUGACUGACAAUUUAUUCACUCAAUGGGGUUCUUCCUCACACUGGGAUAGGGAAGGCAUUAUAGGGGAUUUCAAGCUUAAUGUCUCACACCUCACGGGGCAGGAGGUCUUCAAAAGGGGAAUAUCCCUGUGGGAUGGGGACAUAUGGUAUCCUUACUAAAGCAUUCCUCUCAUACAGCCUUUCCUUCCUCUCAGCUUUCUCUCACAGCCUUCCCCCCAGCAGAUCUCUCAGCUACUCAAUGUUCUCUCUCGCACAGCCUCUCCCCCAGCCCUUCCAUGAGUGUGCCUCUGCCCCAGUGCUUCUCCAACACAGUACUCCCCCAUACAAAACGUAAACUCUGCAAUAAGAGGGAGGACUUGUGCUCCGCUGGCUACUGACUUCCGGGUUACAGCCGGAAGUCCGGUGAGGAGGAGAGCCGUCAGAUACCCGCACGUAGUUUCAUAGCUGCAGAGCCACUCGUCCUAUCUCCCUUUUCCAAAAUGCAUUGCAGAGCAUGGAGCGGAUUUUUAUUGGGGACUUUUUAGCUAAACGCAAGCCGGGUACAUUCUGUAUGAACUUUGAGAUUUGCCUGCCUGCUGAAUGUUCCUGUGAUGGUCAAGGCUAAUUAAAAGCUGGAUCAAUACUGGUGGAUAAUUAUAAAUUUGGAAUUAUAGCCUUGGUCUUCCAUAGACGGGAGGGGUCAGGAAGCAGCGUAUGAAUUCUGCCUUCGGGAAUCCUGCGGCUCUGCCUCUGUGUGGUCUUUACUACAGCAAGUUUUCCUGUCACCGUAGGAGGAACAGAUCUGCACAGCUACCUCUAAGCCCCAUGUUUGCCGGUAUGGUUUCAAGAUGCGUUGCUUGGCAGCCAGAGUCAACUAUAAGACUCUCAUCUUUAUCUGCUCUCUCUUCACCCUCGUAACGGUCUUGCUUUGGAAUAAAUGUUCUUCCAAUGACCAUACUUCAAAUGUGCCGUGGGAUCCUCAGAGAGGUCUCCGAGUUGACAGCUUUGAUAAGCGGGUAGCAGCUUCAGAGAGCAAUGGUCCACCCAUAUCUGAGGAGGCAUCUCCUCAGGAACAGCAGAAGGCUCCACCUUUGGUGGGAAGUAAAGGGACAGCGCAGAAGUAUGAGGAGAUAGAUUGUAUGAUUAAUGAAGAGCAAACCGUACCAUGCAGAAAAGAAGGGACAGAAGUUUACAUGCCCUUCUCCUGGGUGGAAAAGUACUUUGAGGUUUAUGGGAAAAUCGCUCAGUAUGAUGGCUUUGAGAGAUUUGAGUUUUCCCAUAGCUACUCUAAAGUAUAUGCACAACGUGGACCAUACCAUUCUGAUGGGGUUUUUAUGUCAUUUGAAGGAUACAACGUGGAGGUCAGAGACCGGGUAAAGUGCAUCAGUGGAGUAGAAGGAGUCCCAUUAUCCACCCAGUGGGGUCCACAGGGAUAUUUCUACCCAAUUCAGAUUGCACAGUAUGGUCUAAGCCACUACAGCAAAAAUCUGACUGAGAAGCCCCCCCAUGUGGAAGUAUAUGAGACGGCUGAUGAAAAGAGCGGAGUGACAGGGGUUUGGAACAUCCCUAAAGGAGCCUCCGUCACCACCGUGUUUGACAAUGUCAAGAAUAGCCACGUCAAGCAUUUUGUGGUUCCAGAGACUUCAGAAGGUGCUUCACUGUUGUUGGGAAACACAAAGGACUUCAUCUUAUCUCUGGAUGUGAAGUUUAUAACUAAUGGCAGCAUUUCAGUGGUGAUGGAGACUACAGAGAAGAACCAAAUUUUUACCCUACACUACAUCACCAAUACACAGCUUAUUGCAUUCCGUGACCAUGAUGUCUUUUAUGGGGUGGGAUCCCGGACAGCCUGGAGCACGCUGACCCGUGAUCUAGUGACAGACCUCAAAAAGGGCGUAGGACUGUCCAACACAAAGGCUGUGAAGCAGACCAAGAUCAUGCCUAAGAAAGUGCUCCAGAUUGUGGUGAAGGGCAGUGGCUUUUUAGACAAUGUCACCAUAUCAACCACUGCUCACACAGCUGCCUUUUUUGCUGCCAGUGAUUGGCUGGUUAGAAAUCAGGACGCCAAAGGCGGCUGGCCAAUAAUGGUGACUCGAAAGCUAGGAGAGGGAUUUAAGGCAUUGGAGCCAGGGUGGUAUUCUGCUAUGGCUCAAGGGCAGGCAAUAUCCACAUUGGUCCGUGCCUACCUUCUUACCAAGGAACAGUUCUAUCUGGACUCUGCACUCAGAGCCACUUCUCCAUUUAAACUGCCUUCAGAAAAGCAUGGUGUAAAAGCAGUGUUCAUGAACAAAUAUGACUGGUAUGAAGAGUACCCCACCACCCCAAGCUCGUUUGUAUUGAAUGGCUUCAUUUAUGCUUUGCUUGGUCUGUAUGACCUAAAGGAAACAGCAGGAGAGAAGCAGGGUAAGGAGGCAAGGCUCCUGUAUGAACGAGGGAUGGAGUCCCUCCGUGCCAUGCUGCCUCUAUAUGAUACAGGAUCUGGGAGUAUCUAUGAUUUACGACACUUUAUGCUAGGCACAGCCCCAAACCUUGCCCGCUGGGACUAUCACACCACUCACAUUAACCAGCUGCAAUUACUUGCAAGUAUGGAUGGGUCUCCAAUAUUUAGAGACUUUAUCCGACGCUGGAAAAGCUACCUGAAAGGGGGCAGAGCCAAGCACAACUAGAAAGGAGGGAUGAUAAAUUGAUUUAGAAACCAAAAGCUGCAAUGAUUAUGGCCAGAUGUGCCUGGCCCGGUACACUUCUCUCUCUCUGUCUCACACGCCUGGAGAUCUUGAAACACACCUUAAACAAGAGGAGGGUUAAAGAGCUAGUGUUUACUAUUAGUGUGGCAAAUGGAAAGCUGGAAGCAGAUGAGGAUUUUUAUAUAAAUUCCAAAGAGCAGUUCUUUUUUUAUUUUUUAAAACAUGUCCUCUCUGUGAUGCCAUUGAAUAGAUGACUAUUGGGAACUGAUGGGAUUAAUGAAUGAGAUUCCAGGUAUAAGUAUAUUGUGCCGACAAUCAUAUAAACCAGUUAAUAAAACAAUCACUGGCUUCAUGGACUGAACAAAAUCCAGAAGAAUUCUACAUAUACACACUCUUUUUGGACUUUCCAUCCUGUAACUAAUAUGUAAGAGUAAAUAUACCCUGUAGAGUUUUUCUUCCAUUUCUAUUCCCUUAUAGAAACAAUAGCAUCUGCCAGCACAAAGCCCAGAUUAUUCCAACAUAUCUUCCUUUGUACAAGUGCCAGCUGUCUCAUCGUUUAGCAGGCCCACACAUUCUCCAUAAAUUGCCAUUUUGAACUAGUGGUUAUCUGUAGACAUGAUGACCCACUCCCUUACCAUAAGGCAAAUCCUAUGCACUUCUAAAAAAGAGGAAUGUCCUGUAUUUAGUUUAAAGGACAAGGAAUCGCAUUUUACAAUUGGGCUGCCAAAAGUUAGGCACCCCCCAAGUGACUAUUUUUACUUACCUGAUACUCGGGCCGUUGCUCUGAUUAGCAGAAAACCGCACCGGCCCGGGGUUUUUCUAGCGAGCACUACGGAGAGAUCCUCUUCCUGCUUCAGUUUUUAAAUUUCCCGGGGCAGACGCUUGCACAGUAGAUUGAAAUAGCUGGAUUUUUUGUUAAAGUCCGUCUUUCCGCUCUACUGCGCAUGCACAACUGUGAAAAGACCUGAAGAAGCAGGAAGAGGAUCUCUCCAUGUUGGUCGCUAGAAGAACCCUGGACCGGUGCGGUUUUCUGCUGAUAGGAGCACCGGCCCGGGGUGUAAGGUAAGAAAAAGUAGUCACUUGGGGAUGCCUAACUUUUGGCACCCCCAAAUGUAAAAUGCUAUUCCUUCUCCUUUAAGUUAUCAUGUAAUUCUUUCCUGCUUAAUUAGCAGCAAACAAAUGGUAGAUAAACCCUAUUUAUAUAUAGAUAUAUAUAUAGAGAGAGAGAGCGAGUAUAUUUUGCCUUUAAGGGCAGAAUUCUAGGAAUCCUGUGUAAUGCACUUUAACAGCUGACCUAUUACUAUGUGAAUACAUAUAUCCGUUAGUUUUCUGGCUUCCAAAGAUUCUGCCCCAGAGUGUAUAGUAUUUAGCAGAUUAAUGCUGCGUGUGUCCCUGGCAAGCUACUGUGGAUCACAUUUUCAAAUGCUUAGUUUUCUACAUUUUUGGGAAAGUGGAGAACUGAAGAGUAAUUUUUAACCAAAUCAAUUUUUUUAUUUAUGGAGUUUACGGAGUGAGCAUUAUCUAUAAACAUGAAUUCCCUUGA